AUGUCGUCCGCCAUGCGUAUCGCUAUAGCCGGAGCUGGUGGAUUAGCCAGAUACAUCAGCGAGGAAUUCCCCAAGCACGGCCACUCGGCAAUCAUCCUAACCCGCAGCGAGAAAGAAUACUUCCGCAACCGCCUAAACAUCACCCAAGUGAUCACCGACUACUCCGUUCCCUCCAUAGUGACUGCACUUAGGGACUGCGAAAUACUCAUAUCUGUGAUAUUAUCGUACGCGAGGGAAUUCAUCGACAUCCACCUGAACCUGAUCAAGGCAUGCCGGCUUAGUCCGAAAUGCAAGCGCUUCAUUCCAUCCGGGUUCUUCGGCGACAUAGAGAACUACCCCGACCUGCCACCAUUAUAUUCCGAGAUACGAGAACCCAUCCUCAAUUACAUCGUGCCGAAGGGGAAUCUGUACCUCAUGGACAUCGGUGAAGCAUUUCCGAUAGACAUCAUCAGGAACCGGAUUGUUAUUCCCGGGACGGGAAAGGAUGCUGUCGAUGUCACCUCCACAAGGGAUCUUGCGAUUGCGUUGGCGCUUUUAGCUAUCGCUCCUGUCUGGAAGCCGUAUGUGUAUGUAUCCGGGACGAAGAGGUGCUGGAAUGACCUGGCGCUGUUGAUUCAGGAGCGGUAUCCGGCGAUGCGUGAGGAUUUAUGUGCCUUUGGGUGCUGUGUCUCUUGA